AUGCGCGCCAGGCUGAUUGCAGUGACCAGCAUCAUGCUGCACAUCAGCAGUACGAGUAAGCAGAACAUUGAUGCUACAGUCCAGGCCAUUGACCGAAUUCACGAUGCUACAGUACUGUACGAGUACUUGCUACAUAUCUUGGCCUCUGUUCGAAAGCGGCAUCAUGAUUCAAUCUUCCAGGGCACCGCCAUUGGACCCCAGUUUUGCAUGUACCGGUACCUGGGCCCGAACGUCAUCCACGCAGCCAAAGAGGUCAUGCAGGCCAGCUCUACUCCGUACUGCCUAAACAAGUACAAGACCACCUGA